CCGUUUCAUUCUGCUCACAGAACGCACCGGAGGCUAACACACCAUCACACUCCUACAGGCAAGAAGACAGAGGCUUAUACACACACACAGCCACAGUCACUCACAUCUAGGUAGGCAGUUAGGCGACUUUGCCAACAUGUUCCAAUGCAGCAGUGGAGCUUCUUGGGCCAUGUGCCUCUUAAGAUCGUGAGCACAUAAAAUAAGGUAAAGAACAUCAACAUUUGCAUAGACUAGACAUGAGGAGCACCUAAACCUUUCAGAGAGGAGUUUUUCAACCUUUCAUCUCUAAAGGCUGUUGGAACACUUGUGGACUUCCAAGAUGAGCCUGAAAAAACGUAAACCGACCGUGGCGUUCAGCUGGCAUAAGUCAUUUGCCAUCCUUGCCCCAUGGAGGAAAGGAAAAGGAGAUAUGACUUUAGAGAAUGAGGUCGUGCUAACCAAGAUGAAGUUCUUCAACAACGUCCAUGAGAAACCUCUAAACGCCGAGGACACUCUGUCCACCGUGUCCAUGUCAAUGUCGGAGCAGGACAUUUCUGCACCUCUUCAGGCUGAGGAAGCCAUCUCUGUCCACAGUGCCCCACCUGAAACAAACAUGGAAGAUUCAAAGAAAGACUAUUUAUCUGUAAUUUUCUCUGAUUCCAAGCUGCCAAUUUUGUACAAAUUUGAAUCAGAGGACUCUGGGGUAGAGAUGCCCAGUGGAGCGAACUCUCCAUCCACGCCAACAGGUUCAGAGCAGAGCUUUGUUGUUCACAGCAGAGAGUCCUCAUGUGACUCUGGCACUCUGAACCCUCCCAUACCAUCCACCAGUCCUAUUCUAUUACUAGAACAGAGUACAGAUUCCUUAGAGACUGAGCAAACAUCAUGCAUGUAUGAUCAAGAAGACAAUCUGAUGUUAUUAGAAGACAGACCAAAGGAUCAGACGGACAGUGUUCUAUUGGAGUCCUCGGGAGAUUCAGAAAGAGCAGAAAAUGGAACCUUAGGGAACAUCUCUGAGAUCCACGUGGAUGGUUUGGUGUGUGGGGACACAGCAGAAGAAAGAGCAGAGGGUGAAGCUGCUGAGGACACAGAGUCAAGUAACCAUUCUAUUGAAGCUUAUGAUGGCAACAUGGGGGCGGAAUUGCAACAGCAACCUCUAAGAAAAAGCACAACAAGCGACAGUCUGGAUGAGUACAUGGAGGAGUGCUGCAGACUUAGUGAGGUGAACCAGGCUCAGUCAAAUCCACUGGGCUCAGGCCUGGGCUACCUGGAACACAUCUGCCAGCUUAUCGAGAAGAUUGGCCAGCUCCAGGAGCACAACCUCAAACUGCAGAAACAGAUUUGCAACCUGCAGAAGGACAGCAAGAUGAUGAAGACUAAAGAGGACUUCUUUGUACAGCACUGUCACUGUGGAGCAGCUGGUCUGGCCUUUCAGGAGCUGAAGCGGUAUUCACGCAGUGACUAUCACAGCCUAGCAGCAUCCAAUGGCACACUGUCUGACCUCACCACUAUCCCAGAGGGCACACGGAUCCCCCACCGAUCAGUCCUCAGAGAUGGUGAGGGAGGCUGCCAGUCAGUUGUGCCCAUGUGGAGAAGAGGCUUAAACAGGAGGAGCUACACAGAGGGGGAGGCCAGAUAUCUAAGUGACAGUGCAGAGGCCCUCUCUGCCCCCCAUAGACGACUAGAGAACUAUACGUGGGGCAGAGUGAAGGAUCUAGUGAAGAAGACCAGGCUGAGAAACCAAAGCAGACUGGGACUGUCCUCUGGUUCCCUCAAGAGAUCAUGUCCACAGCUAUACCGACCUGAACUGGGCCCAGUGGAAUUGUCCAGAAGAGAUAGGAACUCUAUGAUCAUCCUGGGCCAUCAGAAACUGGACUAUCACUGGCCUCACUAGUAUAAAUCAGUUGGAUGCUGAGCAGAUGGCGUACGAUGGGGCAACAUUUCCCUGAAGAGGAGGACACGCUGAAGUUGUACAGACCCAGGCACCGAAAGACAGGGAGGAGAGGGAGGAUGAGAAGAUGUGGAUGAGAAAGUGAUCUGUGAUUGAUAUGAGAAGGACAAAGUUGAAAUAUGGGGGCGACCUUCAUACUUGACACCCACAGAGUUCAACAGAAACAUUCAUAUGUAUACAAUGGGUGUAUUCAUGUGGCUAGUUACUUUGUUAUUACAUGUGAGUGGCCAUUUAGAAAUGUUUAAAAUCUACUCUGUUAACGUACUGGGUGUCUGUAAAGCGUGUGCAGUGUCAUGGACAGGAAGAGUUAUCAGAGGGUAGUGCAAACAAGGCAACUUACAAAUACAUAACUACAAACUUUUAAUUUAAAAAAAGAACAAAAGUGUAUUACAAAAUGAUGCCUUUCCAUAUAUUCAAAUAAAAUCUGUUUACUGGAAAAUAUAAGUAAAAAUAAUGUGUAUUACCAAGUAUUUCUACAUAGAACAUUUUAUGGGAUUAUUUCACACUGUUCUGAACAUUUCUGUGAAAAAUCCUUAUGAAGCACUAAUAAUAGCAAAAGUCAAGCAUUUUAUAUUUUCAUAACUCUGUCAAGCUAGCUAUCUUCUGAGAAUAACUGCCUUGAGAUGAUAGUAGGGGCUUUCCUUCCACAAGUGCGUACAGGGAUACCUUGAAUGUGUGAUAUGUAUAACACGUACAUUUGAAAGUGUAUAGGAGGGAGAGGGAGCAUCUCUUCUCUGAAUUCCUACAUCACUGAACAUAUAUCAUAUUAAUCGAGGUUUAUGAUAACACAGCAGAUGACCUACAACACUUGUGUGGUCCCACUGAGUUUCAGCUGUUAUAUAACAUUUUUGCCACUAAAUAUGUAGGAAUGUCCAGUGCGUGGACUGAUAAUUCUUUACCAUCACUUUAAAAGUGCUUCCUCAAUGCCUGCCAAGAAACUGUCUACAGACAUAACUGCUUUUUAUGUAGAUACAUUAAAAGUACUCUUAUAGCCAAGCAGGACAGCACGUGGUGAUUUGACCAAGACAAGCUGCCUGAAAGGUUUUGCUUGCCUGGUACCAACAUUAAGUCAGUAAAGAAAGAUCAUUAAAACACUAAGGGCUCUCUCUUCACUGACACAUGCAAGAAAUGUUAUGCAUUUAGUCAUACUGUGCCCUGCACUCCUUCCACUACACAGAAGGGGAAUGGCUGGCAUACCCAAAAUGGAGUUCUGUGAAAAUGAGGAAGCAGAAAGCAUGGUACUACCAACCUCUUUGGUGCAGAUUUGGUCUUUUUUCUGCUACUAGUUUGAUACAUCUCUUUAAGAAAGGGUUUUCCCCCCAACCUCCAAAAGCUGCUUGUAUAAAAGUCAAAGGCCUCUAAAAAGUUUUCAUAGCUAUCUUAACUUCUACCUCUCUCGUCUGUUCUCAUAGCCUAUUUUCUGAUGCGUGCGUUUGCCUCUCUCAGCCCUUUCUGUAUCAUCUGCAUUCAUUAAGUGGGAAAAAUCCAUUUGAACAGGCCUCAUAAUUCUCACUCAGAAAGCCAGAGUUUCUACUGAGGCUUCUCCAAGUUGAAAUUCCAUAACAUCAUUUCAACAUGGCAGUUCCCGUAGAAUAGUAAUAGCGUGCUUUAAGCUAAACAGACCUUCCAGUUCCGAUUUGUGUAUGAUAUGCUAUUUGUAAAUGAUGCCAAUACAUACAGAGCGUUACUUAGAUAAUCGAAAAGUUAUAUGCCCUUUUUUUCAAACUAUGAAACUAUCAUGUUGUUUUUGACACUACAUUAAUGGUGAACAUCCACUGUUAAAAUAAACGAAACACUACCCUAACUACUUUUUAAUUCCAGUGUAAAAGACUUUUUAAAGAGCCUAUUAUAUGGACUUAGCGGCCAAACACAACCCAUUACUGUGUGCAUCCAUAUUUUCAAGUUGCAUUAACACUUUGAGGUGUGAAACAGGAAGCUCUGAGCUGAAAACUUCUGACUGCUGAAUAAAUAUAUUAUAGAGGGAUAAAAUAAUUGGCUGGGCAGAAAGCAUAAUUAAUUAGCCCUAUGCUGUAUGGGUUCUAUUAAACCUCCUCCUCUCCUUUUGCCCAUGCACCUUAGCUUAAAGAAACCGGCAUGCGCUCUUUGCACACACCCACAUGCCUUUGGUGUCAUGUAGCAUUUCUGUAGACUGUUGAGACUGGCUGCAGAAGAGAAGGCCCUAAAUCGUUUACUGAGUGUUCUGUUGUGUAUUAUACUCCUGUUAUCACUUCACACUGUACUUACAUGCUUAUACGCAACAUUUGUAAGAUGGAGAAAAUAUGUAACUUUUGAUGUAUAAAGAUGUUUUGUUUGUCAGGCUACGGACAAAAGACCAGAGAGCUGUCUUUAUACUGUGCAUUGUAUUAUACCUAAAUGGACAGAAUAUUUCAAUAUGCAUAUUGCAUUUGUAUUCAAAAUUAUUUUUAAUAAAUAAAAUUGUGAUAUUUCUAAAAACA